AUCUGCAGCAUCUGUACUCACCACCUCAUUUCUGCCACUGACCCAAGAAGAAGGUGUCUGCAAGAACCACUAAAAGAUGACAACCUACACUGACAAAGGUGAAAAGCACGAGCAGGGCAGGUUUGUCUGCUUCGACCACAUCACUUUCUGGGUUGGAAAUGCCAAACAGGCAGCAUCUUAUUACUGUAAUAAACUGGGGUUUGAGCCCUUGGCGUAUCGUGGGCUGGAGACAGGCAGUCGUGAUGUUGUGUCUCAUGCGGUGAAACAGGGGAAGAUUGUUUAUGUCUUCACCUCUGCCUUGAAUCCUGGUAAUAAAGAGAUAGGAGAUCACCUGGUGAAACAUGGAGAUGGUGUUAAAGAUGUAGCUUUCACUGUAGAGAACUGUGACUUCCUGGUAGAGAAAGCAAGAGAACGAGGUGCCAUUAUCGUUAAAGAGUCUCAUGUUGCGGAGGAUAAGUUUGGCACUGUGAAGCUGGCAGUACUUCAGACAUAUGGUGACACCACUCAUACACUUAUAGAGAGGGCAGGAUAUAAUGGGCUCUUCCUCCCAGGAUUCCAUGCUCCUCUGUUCUGUGACCCUUUCUUGGCAAAACUGCCAAGCGGGAAGCUGGACUUCAUUGACCAUGUGGUUGGAAAUCAGGCAGACAAUGAGAUGGUGCCAAUAGUAGAGUGGUAUCAGAGGAACCUGCUGUUCCACAGAUUCUGGUCUGUAGACGACAAGCAGUUACAGACUGAAUACAGUGCGCUGCGCUCCAUAGUGGUGGCCAACUAUGAAGAAACUGUGAAAAUGCCCAUCAAUGAACCAGCCAUGGGAAAGCGCAAGUCCCAGAUCCAGGAGUAUGUGGAGUACUAUGGUGGCCCAGGGAUUCAACACAUUGCCAUGAACACCUCUGACAUCAUUACAGCAAUCCGUAACCUAAAGGAACGUGGUAUGGAGUUCAUGUCAGUGCCUGACACUUACUACCAGCAGCUCAAGGAGAAUCUGAAGCUUUCCAAAGUCAAAAUUGUUGAGGACAUGAGCAUACUGGAGGAACUUAAAAUCUUGGUGGAUUAUGACGACAAUGGCUACUUGCUCCAGAUCUUCACGAAACCAGUACAGGACAGACCCACCGUGUUUCUAGAGGUCAUCCAGAGACACAACCAUCAAGGUUUUGGUGCUGGAAAUUUCAAAUCUUUGUUUGAGGCUAUUGAAGCUGACCAGAAUGCCAGAGGAAACCUCACCAUCCUUACACCCAAUGGCACAUCCGAGAAACUCUGAAUAGGCUAUUCAUAGUAAAUGCAUGGUGUACACAUUGAAAUUCGCACAUGACACUUGCUGACGAUUUGCUUU